AUGGGCUUCCCAGGGCACAUCACGGGCAGUGUGGACCCUGAGGGGGUGGCAACUCUGGAAACUGCCCUGUUUCUCAGCAAAAUCUGGGACUGGCUCAACAAGCGCCCUGCAGAGUACCUGGAGGACCAACUCUCCGUUUUAUUCCAGAAAGGGAACCUCCUCCGUCACCCUGGCCCACGGGUGCUCGGCUCAGUCACACAGGGAAAAGUCCAGCUUGUGACUCAGUGGGACAACGAGUCCUGCGGCCCCACAAACUGCAAAUGGGGUGGGGGCGGAGAAGGGAGGAAAGGGGAUGUCCUCGCGCAGCCCACUCCGCCCACGGGUCCCUCGAGCCUCUAUCCCAGUUCCCACCACGCACCCGCCCCACAAAUCCUGCCCAAGCCCAGCCCGGGUCCCCGACCCCCUUACCUCCAGGGUCCGGAUCUCCUGCUGGGUGAGGUCGUUGGACACACUGCACUUGGUGCGCAGCCCGCGCAGGCUGCCGAUAGAGAUGUCGAUGAGCUUCUGGAGCUGCCCGCACUGCUGCAGCGCCCGGCUGGCCGCGGCCCCUGCGCCUCCCUCCGCGGCCGCCGCAUCCCCCCCGCCACCGCCCUCCUUCUUCUCUCCCAUCGCCGCCGCGCGCAGCGCCGCUCUAUCUGCCUCGGCAUCGGGGCCGCGGCGGCCGAGGCGGGGAGCCCGGGGCGCGGGCGCCUCGGCAAGGAACCCCUGAGCCGGGAGAGAUGGACCAGGAGCGCCCCUCGGCGCUGCCCGAGCCGGGACGCCGGUAGAGCCGGCCGCCGAGUCUACCGCUCCUGAGCUCCCAGCCCCUGCAGCAAAGCGAAAGCCGCGGCGAUCCGACGGCUGCGGCUCCCGGAGCCUUUAAGCGGCGGCGGGGGCCGGGUCAGGACGGCCGG